CUUGGCCACCACGGCAGUGCCCACGUGUGUGCUUUCACUUUCCGUGAGCGUGCCAGCUCCCAGGGCUGCCCUCCCGCCUGGUCCCCUCGCCUCUGUCCCCAGCCCCUCGCCCUGGGGCCAGGGCACUGUGCUGCUACCGGGCAAGGGCUACAUGCAGGCACAAAGCAUCCUCCUUCCAGUGGGGCAGUGGGCGAGAGGGCCGCACACUGGGGAGAUGGGGCAGCAUUGAAACCUUGUAGGGUGCCUGACUGCAGGAGGAUGGUGGCCCUGAUGGGCUGGGUUUGGGUCCCCGGUGCCAGCCUGUGCCACCUCCCGCAGCUCAGCAGGCUCUGCUGGGCACCAGGCCAUCAGCAAGAGCGUGUCCCCUGCAUGGGUGCUUAUGCUGGAGGGGCUUUUCAGUUUAGGCAAGGCUGCUCGGGAGGCAGGCUGAGAUAAGCCAAAAAGAUCCUCUUAUUCUGGACAAUAGCCGCAUGUGUGCAGCGGAGCUGUGUUUGCAGGGAUGCGCCCUGGCCAGAGGCAAUGGAACAGGGCUGCCUGGAGGGCAGGUGAGGCGUGGGAGAGGCUGAGGGCUCUGUGGGGACAUGUCCCCCUCUGCUCACCCCAGGCAGUCUUGCCACCUGCUGCCCUUGCAUCAGCUUGUGCACAAACUGGCGAAACCGGGGCCGGGUGGUGGGGUGUCUCCUCUUGCGUCUUCUCCUUUUGCUGGGAGCUGAGGCACAGUCCUCGUAAUUUCCUCCCCGACCUCCGGUGUCAGCUGCUUUGCCGGGAGUUUGUGCAAUUCCUUGGCUGCCCCGUGCUGCCCCUUGUCACCGCUCUCCUGCUCUGCUCCCCCUGCCAGCCCUUGCCAUCAGGCUGCCGGGUGCUCUGACCACCAUCCGCCGCAGGCUCUGGGGACUUGGUUUGAGUCAACUGCCUGGGCAGGAUGAGCUGGAGUUUCCUGACACGGCUCCUGGAGGAGAUCAACAACCACUCAACCUUCGUGGGCAAGAUCUGGCUGACUGUCCUCAUCGUCUUCCGCAUCGUGUUGACAGCCGUGGGGGGAGAGUCCAUCUACUACGACGAGCAGAGCAAAUUUGUCUGUAACACACAGCAGCCGGGCUGCGAGAACGUCUGCUACGAUGCCUUUGCCCCGCUCUCCCAUGUCCGCUUCUGGAUCUUCCAGAUCAUCAUGGUGGCCACGCCAUCAGUGCUGUACCUGGGCUUUGCCAUGCACCGCAUUGCCCGCAUGCCUGAGUCCUCGCGGCGCCGGUCACUGACAGCCCGGCGGGCACGCAUGCCGGUGGUGCGCCGGGGAGCCGGGCGGGACUAUGAGGAGGCGGAGGAUGAUAACGAAGAAGACCCCAUGAUCUUUGAGGAAAUCGAGGUGGAGAAGGAGAAGAGCCCCGAGGGUGGGGAGAAGCAUGACGGCCGGCGCCGCAUCAAGCAGGACGGGCUGAUGCGUGCCUACGUCCUGCACUUGCUGUGCCGCUCGCUGCUGGAAACAGCUUUCCUCUUCGGGCAGUACCUGCUGUACCGCUUCGAGGUGAGCCCCUCCUAUGUCUGCAGCCGCAGCCCCUGCCCGCACACUGUCGACUGCUUUGUCUCCCGCCCCACCGAGAAGACCAUCUUCCUCCUCGUCAUGUACGCUGUCAGCGGGCUCUGCCUCUUCCUCAACCUCUGUGAGCUCGUGCACCUUGGUGUGGGCCGCAUCCGUGAUGCCCUCAGUCAGCCCGACGGCCCCCCGCUCCCGGCUGGUGGCAGCCCUGCGCCGCAGUACCCCAAGAAAGCCCCCGGCGCACCCCCCACCUACCACUCACUGAAGAAGGAGCCGCCGCGAGCCCUGCUGCCAGAUGGCAAGCUGGACUACCGGGAGAGCCUGGCGGUGGCAGGGCGCUUCGCCCUGGCCGGGGCUCCCCCGGCGCACGAGCUCGACCGGCUACGUGAGCACCUGCGCCUGGCCCAGGAGCACCUGGAGGUGGCCUUCCACCUCCAGCCCCCCCCACGGCCCCCCAGCCCUGCCCGCAGCAGCAGCCCCGAGGCCAAUGGCAUUGCUGCCGAGCAGAACCGCCUCAACCUUGCCCAUGAGAAGGGGACCGCCGCCUGCGACAGGACCACAGGGCUGUGAGUGCCACCAGGGGCAAUGGCGAUGCCUGCCGGAGCAGCCGCCACCACACAAGAGGAGCAGCCUGCCGGGAGCACUGGGCAGAGGGUGCUGCGCGCCUGCCUGGCACGGCUGGCUGGGCAGCCCUGUCCUGGUGGGCAGCGGUGGGGACCUGCGCCUUGGGGGACAUUCCUACUUAAUUUUCAAAAAGGGAAUAUCUUAUUUUUGUACAUUUUUAUAAGCCUGUCAGUGUGUGCACCCUGGCAUUUUUAUACUCCACUCCCAAUCUCUGCUCCGGGCCUGUGCCCUGCCCCUGCUCCAGUUUCACCCCCUUUUCCCCCUCCCACACCCGUUUCCCGCACCAUGUCCUCCUCACACCUCCCUGUGCCCUCCUGUGCCUGCUGCCACCCACCUGUGCACCGGCCAGUGCUGCAUGUGUGAGCCAUGCUGGCGAUGCCAGCGCUGCCCCUGCAGCCUAGGGGCUUGGGGGUGCUGAGCCUGGGGGUCCGGCUGGCUGGGCCGAACCGUGGGGCAGGGCGCUGGGCUGGCAUUGCACAUGGCAGAGAGGGGAUGCAAGAGGCUCUGGCAGCUCUGCUGCCAGAAAGUGCUGGUGUGGCCAGGAAGACCGUGCUGUGCAGCAUCCUGGCACGGGGUUGUGAGCUGUGGGACUGGCCCACUCAGAAAUGUCUGUGCAGAGGGCAAGGGCUGUCCUUCCCAAUGCCUCCACCCCGCUUCCAGCCAGCUGCCCUUGGACCAAAGCCCACCCCCUCCCACUCUGGCCGUGGGGCCAGGACCCCCUGCGCAGGGCUGGACCCUGGUCCCACGGUGGGGGAGAUGCAGCGCCCCGAGCCGGGCUCAGCUGGGAGCCAGUGGGGUAUUUCUCAUCAUCUCAGCCUGGGUCACACAGGGAUUUUUGUAGCAUUGUUUUUUACUCGAAAAUGAUUGUCACUCUGUUUUUUCUUUUUUCUUUUUUUUUUUUUUAUAUCUAUAUUAGUAAAGGCUGGAGACGUUUUGUACUGAGCUGCUGCAUCCGGUCCUUCAGGAGGAAGGGGUGGGAAGGGAAUCCUGCGCAGCUGGGCUGGGGCUGGCAGCUCGGCUGCCUGCCCCGGGACCUCCCUGCUCGCACUGGGUGACUCAGUCGUUCCUGCUGUGUGGAGGCGGCUGUGGCCAGGGCAGCCUCCAUCAGCCUGGUGGAGCAGGAUUGCUCCAGCCACGUUCCUGUGCGGUACUGACUCUGGC